AUGGCGCUCAGAGUUAACAUCCCCCCAGCGACUCGCGUCUGCCUCAUCAGUCUCAUCACCCUCUCGUUCCUCUAUAACAUCGCCCGAUGGCGCCAACUCGACACAACCCCCGGCUCUUCGACCAUCUCUCCGCCAGUUCCCUACCUAACCCUUGUCCCAUCACAGUUCCUCUUCUAUCCAUGGACGCUUCUCACGGCCACAUUCGUCGAGCAGAAUAUCUUCACCGUUCUCCUGAACCUCGCGACGCUGUUCUACGGCGGGAAGUACCUCGAGCGCGCAUGGGGGUCUCGCGAGUUCACUAAGUUCAUCGUUACCAUUGCGCUGGUGCCCAACUUGGUCAUUGUGCCGUGCUACUUGUUCUGGGCGACGGUUACUGGCAGUAAUGGUUCCGCGGGGGGAUCGACUUCGAGCAGCGGGUACGCCUUGUUCUCGUCCUCUGAUGAGGGAUGUACAACUGCAUGCACAUUCCCUGCUGACACGGCUCCGUUCAGUGUGACACAGAUCUGCGGCGGCAUCUCAAUCCAAGCUUCCUUCCUCGUCGCUUUCAAGCAGCUCGUCCCCGAGCAUACGGUAACCAUCUUCAAGGGCCUAGUCAAGAUGCGGGUGAAGCACUUCCCCGCCGUUUUCCUGCUCCUCAAUACCCUCAGCGGGAUCAUCCUCGGAACCAGCGUUGCCGCAAUACUUGCAUGGUUUGGCCUAAUUACAAGCUGGACAUAUCUCCGAUUCUUCAAGCGCCAGCCCGAUCUCACCGGCACCUCAACCGACGGCCAGGGUAUCAAGGGCGACGCAAGCGAGACAUUCGCCUUCAAGUGCCUCUUCCCCGACGCAAUCCAACCGCCCAUCGGCAUCGUCUCCGACACCAUCUACUCCCUCCUCGUCUCCCUGAAAAUCUGCACCCCCUUCUCAGCCGAGGAGAUCGCCUCGGGGAACCAGCAAGCCCUCGCCCGAGGCGAGGCCGGCCUCCCUACCCUCCUCAGCAACCGCAACGGCCGGAGCAUGGCCAAGCGCGAGGAAGCAGAGCGGCGACGAGCCGUGGCCCUCAAGGCCCUCGACCAACGACUCCAGGCGGCCGUCGCGGCUCGGUCUCAACCCGGCGCAAGCGCGAGCACACCCAGUCCAGUUCCAACCCAAACGACUCAAACAGCAACGCCGUCCGUGCCGGGGCAGACGAUGUUAGGCGAGACCAGCUAUACACCGGACCACGCGUAG